GAUUGGAAUAAGAUAGAAAUAAGCAUGAAUCAGUAGAGUCUAAAAACGGAUCAGCCUAGCUUAGCCAAUGGAUCAAAGGACCAACCACAAGCCCCAAAAUGAUGAGCUGACCCAACACAUUCUCUCCGAUCACCGGAGCUCGCAGGUGGUUCCGGAGCCCACAGGGGAAGUGGUGAGCUCGGAGCUGGAGGAGAUACUAUCGGACACCAGUUUAACCUCCUUCCGGCGAUACAAAAAGGCGUUGUCCCUUGAACUUGUUAGCUUAUUCCGGCUAGCUGGUCCCACUGUCUUAAUUUACUUGCUGAACAACUUGACGUCGAUCUCCACCCAAAUCCUCUGCGGCCACCUUGGUACCCUUCAGCUCGCAGCCGCCACUCUCGGCAACAAUGGUGUACAAAUGUUUGUUUAUGGUGUUAUGCUUGGGAUGGGGAGUGCAGUGGAGACUCUAUGUGGUCAAGCAUUUGGAGCUAAGCAAUACGGAAUGCUCGGUGUUUACCUUCAAAGAUCCACCAUACUUUUAAUGCUGACAGGGAUUCCUCUUUUGUUGAUCUACAUCUACUCCAAAUCCCUUCUCAUGUUACUCGGCCAAUCAAAAGAAAUCUCCUCCGCAGCCUCCCUGUUCAUCUUCGGACUCAUCCCGCAGAUAUUUGCCUACGCAGCCAACUUCCCAAUCCAAAAAUUCCUUCAAGCCCAAAGCAUCGUCAACCCCAGCACCUACAUCGCCGCCGGGAUCUUCUUUGUUCACCUUCCGUUGUCCUAUCUUAUGAUGUACGUCUUCGACUGGGGGCUACUGGGUGGCGCGUUGGUUUUGAGUUUUUCAUGGUGGGUGAUUGUGCUGGCGCAGUUUGUGUAUAUCCUCAAGAGUGAUCGGACUAAGGAGACGUGGACUGGGUUUAGUGUAUUGAUUUUGAUCGGUGGUUUGCUUCCUAAUCCGGAAAUAGCGUUGGAUGCUUUGGCUGUUUGUUCAAGGAUUCUCGUAUGGGUUUACACGAUUUCAAUUGGGUUCAGUGCUGCUGCAAGUGUGAGAGUUAGCAACGAGCUAGGUGCAGGACAUCCUAAAUCUACUUCAUUUUCGGUUAUAGUGAUGACAUUCGACCUCGUUCAUUUCAUCCUCGAAGGCAUUCAACCUAUCCUUUCAGGGGUUGCGGUUGGAUGUGGAUGGCAAUCAUUUGUUGCAUAUGUAAAUAUUGGAUGCUAUUAUAUGGUUGGAAUUCCCAUUGGUGUCGUGUUUGCCUUCUAUUUUGACUUUGGUACUAAGGGAAUAUGGUUGGGGUUGGUCGGCGGUAUGUUGAUGCAGGCAAUGAUUUUGUGUUGGGUUAUUUUUCGAACGGAUUGGAAUAAAGAGGUAAAAUUUGCGAAUAUUCGAGUGAAGCAAUGGCAACAUAAGUAAAAAGAGGAAUCAUUGUUAAGCAAUUAAGAUCUUUUUUAUUUUUAGUAUUUCAUUGUUUUUUAACUAUAUUUUAAUUUUUUUAGAGCAACAUAAGGUGACAUUUGUGUGCAAU